AUGGAUGAUGUUGGUGUUGAUAGGAUUGGUGCGAAUAAGUAUGAUGUAGCUAAUGAGUUUGAUCACGGAUUUAAUGAAUUUGAUGAGGCAUGUAAUGAUAUUAACCAGGAUUUUAAUGAAUUUCAUGAGGCAUAUGAUAAGGUUCAUGAAGGUAAGGAAAAUACUGUUAAUAAGGAAGUCACUAAAGAUAACAAAGAGACUGAUGAAGAGAAUCAUGACAGAAAUGAAAUGAAUGAUGAGAAUGUAGAGAUGAGAGAUUUUGAAGUUGAUAAUGGAAGUGAAGAUAACAUAGAGACUGAUGAAGAGAAUCAUGAAAGAAGUGAUGAGAGUGAGGAUAGUGAUGAUAGUGAUUUCUGGGUGGAUGAAGACAACAUAAUCCCUGAUGUAGAAGUAGAUAUGAGGGAUUUUUACAUGAAUAUCGAUCUUGAAGCAGAAUUUCUUGAAAAAGGAUUAUCAAAGCAUAGAGAGAAUGAGAGUGAUGAGGUCAAUGAAGAGUUAGAUGUUAUAGAUAAUGAUCAAUGGGAUUCAUUAGAUGAGGGUUCUGAUAUAGAUAGGAAAAGAAGAGCUGUAAUAAAGGAAUUGGGGAAGGAGACUAGGUGCUCUUAA